CGAGGAAUCUAUGCUAAGUGUCUCCCAAAGCCAUAAAGAAGCACCCUAAAAGAGCGAACGAAAUAGAAGAAGCUAUUCUGGAGGAAUAGGACGAUUCUUUAUCAGCGAAAUUCGGAGCAAGUAUGAAGAACGAGGAAUCUCGGUACAUCUCAAGAAUCGCCUCCAUCGACGAGCAGAAGAGGUGUCAUCGUUGGCAGAGCUGAAGAACCUUUCAUCGCCGCAUUUCCGAGGAAACGAGCGAACUCGUGGUCGACUUAAUCUCAGGUCGACCCAUGCAAACCCUGAAACGACGCGAGAACGAGACGAGUAACCUGUUCAAAGGAGUCGUGGCGGAUUUGGUGACCGUAACUGAUCGAACGAGAUAGUAUCGAGUCCUUUCGCAUUAACCACGAUCGAUUUUAAUCGAGAUUACGAGGAAGUUAUCGCGAGGAAGAAGGGACUUCUUCGACAACUUCAUUUGGACGCCGCUGCUCGUUUCUCUUUAUCUGGGUCGAUUCUCAUUCCCGCGACGAACGUACCGCCAUUUCGCAUUCCCUCGCGUCGUGCACGUAAAAAUAUAACGAUCUCGGGGCUGGCUUAUGGCGGACGGAGGGUCAGCAGAGAACGGAGCUAGGCCACGCGAUACCACAGCCGAGACUGGUAUAAUCUCAUAAAACCUGCAGAAGAGUCCAUCCACGUGAGCGGUAAAGCCGUCGACGACGUUCCAGCGCUUGGAAUUGGUGCGCCGCUUCGUGCCGGCCACUUCCGAGCCGUACUCCGCGCGAUAACCCAGCCGGUUGCUGAAAGAAUUAUCGUCCGUACGACUCCAACCAAGAAACUCCGCCGGGAGGCUUCCGAUGAUCUCCCCAAAUCGAUCCUUACGAGAACGAGUCAAAUUAAUAUACCGAUACAAGUUCGACUCCGCGUGCGCGAUACGGGAAGCAACUCGUCGCUGAAGAUUUGCUGAAAAUCAGAGGAAAUGAGAUGAAAGUUCAUGAUCCUAGUUCCGCGGUUACCGAGCUAAGCGAACCUGUUGCUGGAAGAAUUAUUAUCCAAAAUUUGCUGCUAACCGGAGCUGCAUUCGCGGUGUUUUAUGUGAUAGGUGAAUUAAGUUCGCGGAAGAGGUCAGACGGCAAUUUUUAACAGAAUCCUCUACGGAGGUUUUUUAUACCAAGCCAUAUUUAUAUAUUUGUAGCAAGUAUCGACGUUUUACGGUAACAUGCAAGAAUCUUGGUACAACGUAAGAGGGCCAGCUUCGUAAUCUUCUGUCUUUGAAAUAACACCUUUUAAGGGUAUUGUUAUGCACGCGUACGGGCGUGUCUGACGCGUGGUCUGAAUACAAAGAAGCGAGAAAUGGAUCAGGUGCACGUGAAGUCGUUGAGGUCAGCCUCGAGGAGUAACCCGACGAAAAUGGCUUGCGAAAAGGCGACCAGACGACUGAGGACGAUCCUGGUGAAGGCGUCCCGCCUCGGCGUCUCGACGACGGAGGUUGCCAGGCUGCCGAGCGCCAAGAAGCUCAUUCCGCAAAGGGAUCACGGAUGGAAGUUGGCGGUGUUCCUUUUGCUGAUGUUCGGCGGCGGCGUGAUCGUCGCACUGGCCUGCACCGCAAGGAAAGGCUGCUCGAAGCUCGAGGAGAUCGAGGUCAGACCGAACAGCGUGAGGUUAGAGGUUACGGCUCGCAGGAGGCAAGGCUUGCGGCCUGCGGCUGGUUGCGGACGAGGGUCGAGGCUAACAGGAAGUGCUCUCUCACCGCUGGCCAAUGGCCGGCUGGCUACAUCGCCGACUGCCAGAGAAACGUUGCUACUCCUAUCCUCUGAUAUUCCCCGGGGAGAACGAUGUUCCAUUGUCCCUUCAGGCAAACAGAGAUAGAUACGUCGAAGCAAGAGGAAUCCACUCGCCGAGGAUAAGAGUGGAAGGUUAGCUGCCCGCUGCUUCCAGGCUGCCGCAAC